UUCCUUCGAACAGAAGCCGGUCCGAGGACUGGAACUUGGCGGCGGCGGCGGUAGUCUUCACGCAGCUCCGGCCGCUGGCGGAAAUCCACGAAAAAGGGCGAGCUCCCCCGUCGGCCGUCGCGACGCUAGGAAAUUCAAGAGCUGGUAGCACGUGAGGCACCUGGAGGUAUAUACCUAUAGUGCGGUAGGGGUGGCGGCGAGUCAGGGAAGAUGAAUCCCCUGACGCAGGUGAAGCAGACCCAGCUCAUAAACAAGAAGGAGGCGGCUCUUGGCCUCAGCGAGAACGCCUCGUGGCACGCCAGGUUCAAGGACUCCGCCUACGUCUUCUGCGGCGGCAUCUCUUUCGACCUCACCGAGGGUGACCUCCUUGCCGUCUUCGCGCAGUACGGCGAGGUGGUCGACGUGAACCUUGUGCGCGACAAGACCACCGGCAAAUCCAGGGGUUUCGCCUUCCUCGCUUAUGAGGACCAGAGGAGCACGGUUCUUGCUGUCGAUAACUUGAACGGAGCUAAAGUUCUUGGGAGGAUCAUAAAGGUUGACCAUGUGGACAAGUACAAGAUGAAGGAGGAGGAGGACGAGGAGGAGGUGGCAAAGAAGAGGGAGGAGCGCGGCGUGUGCUAUGCGUUCCAGAAAGGCGAGUGCAACCGCGGGGACGCGUGCAGAUUUUCCCAUGAUGAGCAGAGAAAUGCGAACACUGGUUGGGGUUCUAAGGAGGAUAUCGAGCCAAAAUGGGAGCAUGACAAACACCGUGGUCCGUCAAACAAGGGUGGUGUCUGCUAUGCUUUCCAGAAAGGCGAGUGCAGUCGGGGAGAUUCCUGCAGAUUUUCGCAUGAUGAGCAGGUAGCUGUCCAGAACCGUGGUGUCUGCUAUGCUUUCCAGAAAGGCGAGUGCAGUCGUGGAGCUUCCUGCAGAUUUUCACAUGAUGAGCAGAGAAAUGCAAACACUGGUCGAGGUUCUAGGGAUGACAGCAAUGCAAGACGGCAGCAUGACCAUGAUCCUCCAAAGAGCCACAAAAAUUUCCCUGACAGGACUAAAGAAGAGACGAGAUCAGGGGAUAGAGAAGGCCAAUCCUCAAGAUCAGACGUGUACAGGGACCGAGAUUCUAGGACGAGACAUGGUGAUAGAGACACAGAAGAUAGGGACAGGAAUAGGCACGAGAGAUCCCCUGAGAGAUCAAGAGGUGAGAGGCAGAGAGACGACGAUAGAUAUAGAGAAGAAAGAUCAGAGAGCAAGCGGUCUCGGCAUGACAGAGAUUCUGGUGGCCGUCAUGAAAGGAGGGGUGAUGAAGAGGCAGAACGGCAUGGGAAAUCGCGGAGAUAGAACUCGGUUUUGUCAGGGAAAGCGCUGAUGUUGCUGUUCUAAUCUUGUUGAUGUUUGUACUUGUACUAGACGCACAAUUUUGUUCGUUCCUUAGAUCUUUGGUGCUUUCCAGGUUGCAUCUACUUUCUUUUCCUUCACAAGGUUUUUGAACAUAUGAGCCGAUGGAUGGUUUUGCAGGGUAUUAACUCAUUCCAUUGGAUGCACAGUGGUGAUUCUUGUUAUGACACUGAUGAAUUUUGUACCACUUCGGAUAA